AUGUUUAAAAAAUUCUCUAAAGAAGAUAUCCAUUCAAGAUCUAAGGUCAAGUCUUCCAUCCAAAGGACCUUGAAAUCAAAACUUGUUAGUCAAUACCCUCAAUUAGAAGAAGUAAUUGACGAGCUAAUUCCAAAGAAAAGUCAAAUUGAAUUGAUAAAAUGUGAAGAUAAGAUUCAAUUGUAUACUGUUGAUGGUGAAGUUUAUUUCUUCCAAAAAUUUGACGAACUUAUCCCAAGUUUGAAAUUCGUACACAAAUUCCCACAAGCAUAUCCUACAAUUCAAGUUGAUAGAGGUGCAAUUAAAUUUGUUUUGUCCGGUGCUAAUAUCAUGUGUCCAGGGUUAACAUCCGUUGGUGGUAAAUUGCCAGAUGCUCCAGGUUUUGAAAAGGAUUCCUUCGUUAUUAUUAAUGCUGAAAACAAGGAAAACGCCUUAGCUAUAGGUAAAUUAAUGAUGAGCACUGAAGAAAUUAAAUCAAUCAACAAGGGUCAUGGUGUUGAAAUGAUUCAUCACUUGGGUGAUCCAUUGUGGGAUUUCAAUCUUGACUAG